UAUAAUAGAUUUGGAUGAAGACAUAGAAGGCGUGGCUAGUAAGUUUUUGGAUGAAAAACUUUGGACGAUUACACAGGACAUUGAUGAGCCCUCCUCUGGAAUACUGUGGCCAGUUCUGGUCACACAGUUACAGGAAGAAAUUAAGAAGAGAUUUCGCAGACAGCUUCUAAGUGUGGAAGAGAUUCCUGAUAGAGCAAUCAUGAUAGUAAGACGCAAAAUUAUCCCUAUCGCCGUGGCCUUGAGCAUCUGUUCAACAUUGAUUUUAUAUUCUAUGACUCCUAAUUUUACACGGAAAACUUAUUAUCCCAGAAACCACUGGUCACCAGUAUCUAACGAAACUGCAAACAGAAAACUUCGCCCUGAUGUUGGUAUAAUUGAGAAUGACAGCAGUAAUGUGUCUGCAGUAACAGAGAUUACUAUUAGAGCAACCAUGGAAGAAAGCAGCAAAAUUAUCAUCAUUGUCGUGGUCUCAAACGCUUGUUCAAUAUUGAUUUCAAGUGCUGUGACAUUUCUUUUGACACGGAGGUGGUAUCGCAGAAAUCGUCAGUCACAGCAAUCAUCUCAGGAAAGUGAAAACAGAAAUCUCCUUUCUGAUAUUGAUAUCGCUGAGAAUGGCAACAGCAAAGUGUCUAUAGUAACAGAAAGAGAACCACAGCCCAGAGAUCACCUGUAUAAAAGUAACAAGAAUGUUAAAAUCAUUGGAGAGUACGGAAGAACUUGCACAUUUUCUCAGAGUGAAAAAUACACCAAAGUAACAAUUCAUUCAUUGAGUGGGCAGGAAGAAGUAGGCCAUGCACGGACGAUCAGGCAAAUGGAAGGUGAAGUAUUCUGGAGCAAACCUGAUAAAAUUCAUUCAGAAAUGCCGUUAGAUCGUUUAGCAGUCUCAGGGACAACCCUCAUCAUUGGACCCUGUGGUUCUGGAAAAAGUACCACAAUACGGAAAAUAAUGCAUGACUGGGCAGCAGGCAAAAUCUACCAACGGAUUAGUGCUGUCUUUCCUUUUGGAGUUCAACAAUUAAAUUUCAUCAAAAAGAAAAUGAGUUUAAACGAUCUGCUACUAGAGUUCUUCCCUGAGUAUGAAAGCUCAUUACAGCAUCUGUGGGAAAACCCAGAGAAAAUAUUGUUCCUAUUUGAUGACUUGAACUUUCUCCACAAAAACUUCGAUAUCACCCAAACGCUAAGCAGAAAUGAUUCCGAUUCUCAGAGUUUAGACCCUGAACAGUGCUGUGAAAUAUCACAUAUUGUGCAUGGCCUUGUACAAGGGCAAUUGCUGAAAGGCUGCUCCGUGCUGGUAACAAGUUCCCCAUGGAAACUGCAGACACUUGGAAAUGCCGGAUCAAAUCGAGCUGUCCUUAUCAAGGGCUUUGAUGAAGAUGCUCUGAAGGAAUACUUCCAAAGUUGCUUCGCAGAUGGGAAGCUUGCACCAGAUGUACUGCAUUAUGUUGGGCAGGAUAAGAAGUUAUACGCCAUGUGCCGUAAUCCUCAAUUCUGCACAGUUCUGUGUUCAGUAGUGGAAUCACUGCAGGAAGAAGGAGCCCAGAUGCCAGCAGUCAUAACCAGUACACGGGUGUUACUCAUUUACAUCAUGCAACUUUUGAAUAAAUAUUGUUAUGAUUCUGACGUUAUUCAAAACAUGCUUCUGACAUUGGGUAGUUUGGCCUACACGGGAAUUUGUAACAACACCAUUGUGUUUAAAAAAGGCCAAUUAAUCAAGGACAAGCUCCCCACUUACAACUGGAUCUCUGCAUUUAUGAUGGAAAUUCAAGGCAACGAUGGUGUUGACUACGAGUUCACUUACUCCAUUUUGAGAGAUUUUGUCGCUGCGCUUUUUAAAUAUUCAAAUACACCAGUAAACCAAGUGACAAAACUACUGACUGAAUGGUACAGCUGCACUGAUGACAGAUUUAAGUUUGUUUUGCGUUUUUUCAUCGGACUUUCGUCGCCAAAUGCAAUGAAAGAGAUUCAGUUUAAUCAGGGGGAUCUACAUUCUGAAAUAGCCUCGAAUGUAGCAGAAUGGCUGAAAGAAAAAAUCAACAGUUCUGUACAGAGCUUGAAAAGUGAGAGAAACCAACAUAAGUUCCUAGAAGUAUUGCAUUGUCUUCUUGAGUUUGGAAAUGCAACGCUGAUGGAAGGUACCUUAACUCCAUUGAAGAGGAUACGCUUCACAAAGUGUCCUCUUGAAACAUUUGACUGUACGGUUCUCUCAAGGACAUUAAUGAUGGUUCAGGAGGUCGAGGAGCUGAAUCUGGACAGUUGUGGUAUAAAGAAUGAGGGAAUCUGUCAGCUGGCGCAAGUGCUACGUAAAUGCAAAGUACUCAGUUUAAAAUCCAACAAUCUCACAGAUGCCUGUGUGGAAAUCCUAACCUCUGCUCUCUGCGAAAAUACUGUCCUGUUAAAACUGGACAUCAGCAAUGAUGACGCGGAUGGUGACCAAGCCAACAGAUUGACAGAUAUAUCUAUUCCUGCACUGUCCCAGUUCAUUCAGAGCAACACACACAUGAAAGAAAUCAAAUGCUCAGUAGCAGCGGCGUGUACUAUCUACGAGAUGCACUGCGAAAUUCACCAAAGAAAUUCAAAUAGAACCUUACAAACCCAUGACCACUUCUUUCUGAAAAGACAAGAGCAGCAGACUUAUGGGAACACGACAACCUCCAAGUUCCCCUCCAAACCACUCUACAUUGUGAUAUGUAAAUAUAUAGUCAAGAAAACACAACAACACAUGUUCUUCCUCAGAAAACUAUGGAAAUUCAAUAUAUCCAGAACGACUGUCAACAACCUUUACAGAUGCAGCAUGGAAACCAUUUUAUCCAGAUGCAUCGCCUUGGUACAGCAACUACUCUGCCCCGUGCCGUGAGUUGGGAACAUGACCCAGAUAAUCACAUCAGCCAAUGUUUCACACAUUGACUCCGUCUAAAAUCUCGUUGCCUGGGAAAGGCAACCAACAUCAUCAAAAAUCCCUUGCAACCCAGAUAUAACCUGUUCCAACCUCUUCCAUCGAGCAGAAGGCACAAAAGCUUAAACAGGGGUACCAACAGUUUCAGGAACAGUUUCUUCACAUCUGUUAUUAAGCUGCUGGAUGGUCAUCUCACGUUUCAGACAUAAUGUUAAUUUCGUUCGCUGUCUACGUUAUUUUAUAUGCAAGACGUAACUUGCAUUCCUUGUUCUGUUCAAUCGUUCUUUGAUCUUUGUAUAUUAUAAUCUGCAUGCACUGCACGUACAACCAGU